UAGUAACAAAGGAGAGGAUUCACCUCCCACAAUUUUUACAAAAAAUUAUAUAACAAUAAAUUAUAUAGUUCAUAGAAAAUAAGCUAGUAAGUAGAAUAUAAGUUACAGAACUAUGACGACAAAGUUCCUCCUCACCCUUCUCCUCUUCCAUCUCUCCACCACGGCCUACUCCAUCGGUGUCAACUAUGGCACGCUCGGAGACAACCUCCCGCCACCUUCUCAAGUCGCGAAUUUCCUCAAGACCCAAACCAUCAUCGACGCAGUGAAAAUCUUCGAUAUGAACCCGGACAUCAUCAAAGCCUUCGCCAACUCGGGCAUCUCAUUGACAGUCACGCUCCCCAACGGGGACAUCCCCACCCUCACAAAGCCCCGCGCAGCUCGCCGGUGGGUCCAGCAGAACAUCAAGCCCUUCCACCCGGCCACCAGAAUACGUUACAUCUGCGUUGGCACCGAGGUUCUUCACUGGGGAGAUGAUGCCCAAAAGUCCAACCUAGUCGCGGCCAUGAGAACCCUCAACCAUGCCCUAAGUGUUGAGGGAAUCAAGGACAUUAAGAUUUCAACGCCACACUCUCUAGGCAUCAUGCUGGCGUCUGAGCCCCCAAGUCAGGGACGAUUCAGACCGGAGCUGACGCAAAUUUUGACACCCAUGCUCCGAUUCUUGCGAGAAACCAAGUCCCCUCUCAUGGUGAAUCCGUACCCUUACUUCGGGUGGACCCCGCAAAACGAAAACUAUGCACUGUUCAAGCAGUCAGUGGUGGAUCCGAUCACAAAGCUAACAUACAACAGUAUGUUCGACGGCUUGAUGGACUCCAUUUACUCGGCGGCAAAGGUGCUAGGGUUCCCUGAUGUCAAUAUACUUGUGGGAGAGACCGGUUGGCCUUCGGCUUGUGAAUUCCCGGUUUGCUCGAUGCAACAUGCCGCGGAUUAUAAUGGUAACCUGAUCAAGCACGUGGAGUCGGGUCAGGGCACACCUUUGAUGCCGAACCGAAAGUUCGAGACCUAUAUCUUUGCCUUGUUUAAUGAGAACCAAAAACCUGGUCCGCAAGCUGAGAAGAACUGGGGUCUGUUCUACCCUAAUUUGACUCCGGUUUACAACGCUGGAGUUAUGCGCAAUCAACAGGUUGGCUCCACACCAACAAUGCCGGGUAAACCAGCCACACCAGCCCCAGGCAAACCAAGUGCACCAACUACACCUGCUCCAGGAGGAGGCAAAGGCAAAGGCCGAGGCAUGAAGUGGUGCGUAGCCAAGCACCAGGCUAGCCAACAAGACUUGCAAGCGAACUUAAACUACGUGUGUGCUAAUCAGGGCGUGGACUGCAGCCCGAUACAGCCCGGUGGUGCUUGCUAUGAUGCUGAUAUCAGGGCACGGGCGUCCUACGCCAUGAAUUCUUACUAUCAGCUUAAGGGUCGUAGAGACUUCAACUGUGAUUUCUCUGGAACCGGACUCAUUACAAUCAGCGACCCAAGUCACGGAGGAUGCAACUAUAUCCAGGCUGGUGGCCAUGGACCAUCUGGACCAACACCAACCCAACCAAGCACACCUGCUAAACCAUCUACCGGAGGUAAUGGACGGUGGUGCGUACCAAAACAAGAGGCAACCGACCAGGUUUUGCAGCAAAACAUAAACUGGUUGUGCGGCACCUAUAAGGUGAAUUGUGACGACGUAUUGGGUGGUGGUAAAUGCUGGGCGCCAGCAAUCCGGCCACGGGCAUCCUACCUCAUGGAUCUUUACUACAAGCAGAACGGCCGCAACAAUUACGACUGUGAUUUCGUUGGAACCGCUCAAGUCACCAACAUCAACCCAAGCUGGGGCAGUUGUGUUUACGGCUCUUGAAAAUUGAAGGAGAAGCAAACUAGGAGAAUGUGUUGAGCAUAGUUUUUCUCUUUUUUCUACAUUGUAUAUAUUUUAGUUAAUGGCAUAAGAUGGGCUCCAUCAAUGUAAGCACUGUCUUGACGUAGUCCUUUGAAAUAAAAAGUUUCUCAACAAAAAAAAAAAUUCUGAAUUUAGUACAUUUGUUUCA